GUCAUGGCCGACUCCAUGACCGGCAUUGCGCCUGCACCUAUCAUAGCGAAUUCAGUCCCUGCAGACCUCGUCAUGCAACCAGCUCCUGUCAAUCCCGCCUCCAUACCAAAUGCAGCAGAGCUACCAACAACGCCGACCGUACCUCCAGAAGUCGUAACGGAAACGCUUUAUAUCCAAAAUCUCAACGAAAGGAUCAAGCUCAACGUAAUGAAACAGACUCUCCACGCAUUGUUCUUGAAUUACGGAGAUGUGUUAGAUGUUGUCGCCCACCGGAACUUACGAAUGCGGGGUCAAGCUUUUGUGUCAUUCGCCGAUGCAAGCAUUGCCAAAAAGGCACAGCGCGAGGUUAAUAGGUUCCCUCUCUACUCAAAACCUAUGCAAAUUUCGUUUGCGAGGACUCGGUCAGACGCCGUUGUAAAAACGGUCGAUUUAGACCAUUUUGACCAACACAAGGCAGCUCGUCUUGAACACAAGAAGAAGACGCGAUAUAACAAUCCCCUGAAGCGGAAAUUCAGGGCAAGGCGGCUGGCAGAAAAGAUGGAUGGAGCUGCAUUACCAGCACCAAAACGCCCCGCUGUCCAGAUGCCAGACGAGUACUUACCACCGAACAAGAUUCUCUUCCUACAGAACCUUCCGGAGAGCGUUACAGACUCGAAGGAUCAACUUUUGGCACUUUUCUCACAAUACCCAAACCUCCACGACGUUCGUCUCAUUCCAACAAAGAAGGAUAUCGCCUUCGUCGAGUAUUCGGAUGAGGCAAGCGCGACUGCUGCAAAGGAUGCCUUGCACAAUUACAAGCUGGAUGGAGAGCACAAGAUCAAAAUCACUUACGCCAGAAAGUAGUCUGGUCUUCUUACUCCUCAUUCUGCUGUCAUUACUUCUUGCUGGUGUACUGUAGUACAGUGACAAAUUUGCUCAUAAG